CAUAUUAAUAUGACUUUCGAUAAACAAGAACUUGAGUUCAACGCACUUCAGUAUGCAAACAAUCGUUCACCCAUGAAGAUUGAAAAGGAUGCAUUUCAGUUGACUCCUAUUGAUGGGGGGAAAGAGUACUCCGUAAACAGCAAUGAGAUUUUGAUUAAGGUCCAUUCGGCUGCAUUAAACCCAGUAGAUAUAGUCUUGUAUAACUCUGCACAUCCUUUGAUCUCAUAUAUGAAAGGUGGGGCACUUCAAGGAACUGGUAGAGAUUAUUCCGGCACAGUGGUUGCAGUUGGUGAUAGUGUAACUAAAAAACUUGACUUUAAUGUCGGUGAUAAGGUUUGUGGGAUGUAUACACACCCAUUUGGUAAGGGGACUGUUUCAGAAUAUAUUCGAUUAGAUCCCUUUGUGGAUAGUGCUAUAACCAAUGUACCUGAAAAUGUUAGUCUUGAAGUAGCUUGUUCAUGGCCAUUGGUAUAUGGAACUGCUCAAAUAAUGGUUGAAACCGCUAAAGUUGAAACUUUCAGCGAAUCUUCUAGAGUGUUGGUUAUUGGUGGAGCUACUAGUGUUGGUCGUUAUGUGGUUCAAUUGUGUAAAAAUGUUUAUAAUGUCAAAGAUGUGGUUGCCAUUUGUUCUGCAUCAUCAGCUGAAACAGUUAAAUCUUUAGGUGCAAACUCAAUCAUUGAUUAUAAAGUACAUCCUAAUAUUUUCAAUCCAGUCAGUGAGUAUGCUGCUGAAAAGGGGAAAUUUGAUGCAAUUUUUGACUGUUGUGGAAAUGGUGAUCUUUUCCAAGAUUUACCAUCUCUUUUACAAUCAAAUUCAAGUUCAUAUUUAACAAUUCAAGGUAACAAAAAGGGAGACUACACUGUUGCAAGUAUGAGUCAUUACAUGAAAUCAAAUCUUUCCAUGUUUCCCAGAAUUUUUAUGAAUGCCUUGGGUCUUUUAGGAUAUAAUUAUGCGUUUGUCAUGACCAAGCCAGGGAAAUGGAUCCAUGAUGGUAAGAAAAAUAUUGAACUUGGAAAGGUUAAGAUUCAAGUUGAUAGUGUUUACAAAAUGAAUGAUUUUGAAGAAGCUUUCACUAAAUUGAGAUCAAAUAGAGCAUCAGGAAAAAUCAUCAUUUCAGUAGAAUAAGCGAUACUUAGUAGCAUAGAUAUAAAACCAUUGUUUUCUUAUUUUCUAUAGUUGUUGUGUAAUAAAGGC